AUGCGGUUCAGCAUGUUGUCCGGCAAGGAGAUACGCCAGUCCGCGGAAGCGCAGGUCUGGAACAAUCGGAUCUACGGGCCCGACAUGAAGCCGGUGCCCAACGGAUUGCUCGACACGCGGAUGGGAGCUGCAAACAAGCAAGGGGAUUGUGGUACCUGCCAUGGUUCAUACACCGAGUGCCCAGGCCAUUUUGGUUACCUGAAGCUUGCGCUACCGGUUUUCAAUGUUAGCUUCUUCAACAAUAUUCUGGAUGUAGUCAAGUGUAUCUGCAAGGGCUGUAGCAGGGUUCUUCUUGUGGAGAAAGAUCGCCGAGAGUUUCUGAAGAAGGCGCGACGGCUGGGCGCGGGCGCUUCGGCUCUGCGUUUUUGUCCGGGGGAACGGACGGCGCGGCGAGGGGGUCGCCGGGGGCGUGGCGUGCGGCGAGGCGGCGGCGGCGCGAGAGAUUGA